ACCAAGUCUUAGUCGAGCGCCUGGUGGCCCACCCCAACUUUCAAAACGUGCUCCGCCGCGUGUCAGUCCGUCAAGUCGAGGAUUUGACCCGUCAACUGGAAGCCGUAGAGCGGCAGAAGGUGGCCCAAGUCGAGGCUCAGCUUCAGAGCGUACUGGAACGGGGCGAGCGGGAAAAGCGAAGACUGGAAGCGGAGAUUGAACACAUUCAAACACGCCGUCAGACUGAGAUUGGACGGCAAUUGGCCCAGAUCGAAGCCCAAGCCCAAGCGCGCGUGGAUCAGGCCCUUCUGGAGCUAGAGGAACGGACUGCGGCCUGGCAAAACCAACUGGAAGAGCACCGGCGGCUCAGGGAGGGGAUGGGGUUCGGUGAGCCAUUUGGGCGAUUUGGAUCGUGGUGUGCAGAAACUCGCUGAAAGGGAAACGGCCUUACGCGAUCAGAUUGCCGCCUGUUGCUCAUCGUCCGAAAAUAUUCGAUCUGAAAUCGAAUCCUUGGCCGCUGAUUGGUUCCAAGAUCUAGCCGCGGGUCAAAAUCCACUCUUUCAAGAACUGCAAACCAAUUUGGUGGGCUCAUGUCUAACCAAGGAGGAGGCCCAGUCGUUAACCCAAGGACAAAUGGCUGAUCUGACUGAUUCCCUCCAACGGGCGUGGCUCGCUGAUCUCACCCAGCAUUCCUCUUCGACCUUGCGACAAACUGCCCGUGAAGUUAUCGAAGAAACGGAUCUGGGAGCCCAAAUCCGCGAAAGUGUUCGCGCCGAGUACGAAAAAUUGUCGUUGAAUGGGACUGUGCCCAACGAGGGUUCCCCGCCAGAUCAGGUUCAAACGUUGGUUGAUCAUGCCUUGCGCAUUUACGACGCGGACAAGACGGGUCGGUUUGAUUACGCCCAAGAAUCCAUCGGUGGUUCUGUUUUAACCACGCGUUGUACCGAAACGUAUGACUCUGUCAGUGCCGUGUAUUCCGUUUUCGGUAUUCCCAUUUGGUGGGAAAAGAACACCCCGCGGACGAUUUUGCAACCCGGCGCCAAUCCGGGCCAAUGUUGGGCUUUCAAAGGUUCACUCGGCUCGGUGGUGAUCCAAUUGAGUGAGCGAAUUACCGUUCACGCCGUGACACUAGAGCACAUGCCCAAAAUGGUGUCUCCUACCAAUUCGAUUGAAUCCGCGCCCAAGCAAUUCGAGAUUUUUGGAUUAACCGACGUCCAUGAUGAAUCGCCCUUGUCAUUAGGAAACUUCACCUACAUGGACGAUGGCAAUUCUCUGCAGACGUUUCCCAUUCAUCAACACCAAGAUCGUGAAUUCAAUAUUGUGGAAAUGAAGAUCCUUUCCAACCAUGGCCAUAUGUUGUAUACUUGUAUCUACCGACUUAGAGUUCAUGGCUCGACAACGAUCUCAAAACCGCAGGAACACUAGCAAUUUGCCCGUUCGACGGCAACCAUUUCAAAAUCCCGAAGAGCUGUGAUAUCCUGAAACCGAUUAAUGUUUCUAUACAGAUUUGCAAUCUAUUAACCUUUUCACAACAGUCUAUUAAUCUUUUCAAAAAUAUAACCCAAGAUAAGAGCAUUGA